ACGUCCCCCUUUUACGCUGUUAUAUGUCUGUUGGGUGUAUUUGCCUUCACAGCAAUCUGGGCUAUGCAGAGACCAAAGACCAAGGUAAUCAAAAACAGGAAGUAAAGUAAACCACAAGCCAUUUACUGUGGUGUACAACGGACCUGCCAUGAUAGUUCCUUAACAGAACUGCUGGUUCUUGAAGAAUUUCCACCAUGAGACUUAACUUCUGUCUGACCGUCCUCUGUAUGUCCAUCUUAGCGGCGUCCAUCCUCUCCGUGGAAACUGAUAGUGAAGAUUCAGACUGUGAAUUUGAACUGAGAGUACGACGCAACACAGUUUAUGAAGUUUUCCUCGGGGAAGACUUAAAGAUUAACUGCACAGUUCGUUUCUGCAACGACUCAGGACCAACAGUCUCCUGGUAUAAAUUUGAGAAAGGAUUUGUUCCUGUCAAUGUGAGCAGUGGCAGUCACAUUAAAACAGGGUGGGAAGAUGUAAAACAUUUGGAAGGAAUAUCGUAUUUGAUCUUCAAAAACAUUCUCAUGAGCAACUCAGGUGUGUAUCAGUGUCGAAGUGGUCUCAUUGUGGGACACCCCAUCAACGUCUCUGUCAUUGAUUGUGUUGAGCUCACCGAUGUUACAGUGCAGACUAACACAAUGACAUUUAACAGCUCUAGCCCAACAGUUCAGGACGCCCGCCUGCCAUAUGUGUACCGUCUGGCUGCAAUCAUGGUGUUUGUCAUCAUAUUGAUAAUUAUAUGGGCUACAUCAAAAUACGGCUGUAAAGGUGUCUGCUGUGCAGGAAGAUCCAGAGACAAGUCAGAUCCGAGCUGCCAGCGCUCCCGUCGUUCCUUGCGUAACACUCAUGUCUAUGAAAACGAUCCCUAGUCCUCGUGUCUGUGCCUUGAGAGGGGAUGACACACACAAAGGGCCACAGGUCGGAUUCGAACCCAUAGACGCUCCACCCGGUGAGCCCCUGAUAGGUUAAAUCUGAAGAUAUUAGCUCAAUGAUUAAUAUUAAAACAUUUCAUAUGAUUCAUUUCAAGAUUUGGACACUUGUGACUUGCGUCUGAUUUAGUCACAUUUUUACUGACGUGUGUGUUAAAUGAGUUUAUUAUAGCUUGGUUUUGUUGUUAUGUUUUAUAUUCUUUAUUUGGUUUUAAUGGCUUUAUAAUAAUCAAUGACAAAAUAUGAUGAACGUCUUAAUAAUGGUGCGUUUACUGUCAUGAAUAAGAAUGGGUCUUACUGUUGUCUCCAUUUUUGUUCUUUUGAAUUCCUGUAAAUUAAAAUGCAACGAUACAGAAGUGAAA